UACUGAUCUGAUAGGGUAGCACCACAACGACCAUGGACGACCACUUCUACUAAAUUCCGGCCUCUCAGCUUGAUUUUCUUUGCCUCUGGCGCGUCUAGACUUCCCCAUAAAAAUACAAGCUUUCACUCUCUGAUCAGCCUACCUGAACUCAAAAAAUGUCCCUUUGUUUCUCCAAUUCAUUAGUCACUCUUCAUUUUCUGCCAAAAACUCAAAGCACGCGUUUAUCUACUCAAUUCAUCAACCAAAUCCAGGUAAGCUCUAUCCCUUAUGCGCUACCAGCUUCAUCUCUAAAAUUAUCCAAACCCUUUGAAUGUAGCACCCAAAGACUCAACCCCAUUACAGUUUCAACGGUCCCAACGGUUGAAACCGCCCCAUCUUCCUUUAGAAACAAAACCCCAAAAGAUAUCAACGUCUUGGUUGUGGGUUCAACUGGGUAUAUUGGAGCAUUUGUGGUUAAAGAGUUAGUUAGUAGAGGGUUCAAUGUUAUUGCCGUUGCUAGGGAAAAGAGUGGGAUUAGAGCUAAAAAUAGUAAGGAAGAGACUUUGAAUCAGUUGAAGGGAGCCAACGUGUGCUUUUCUGAUGUGACCCGUUUGGAUUCUUUGGAAAAAACCUUGGACAAUUUAGGGGUUUCUGUUGAUGUUGUGGUCUCAUGCCUAGCUAGCCGCAGUGGUGGUGUAAAGGAUUCAUGGAAGAUUGACUAUGAGGCAACAAAGAAUAGUCUUGUUGCCGGUAGGAAUCGUGGGGCUUCCCAUUUUGUAUUGCUUUCUGCAAUAUGUGUGCAGAAACCCCUUCUUGAAUUUCAGCGCGCCAAGCUGAAACUUGAGGCUGAGUUGAUGAAAGAAGCCGAAGUGGAUAAUGCCUUUACUUAUAGUAUUGUGAGGCCAACUGCAUUCUUUAAAAGCUUGGGGGGUCAGGUUGAGUUGGUGAAAGAUGGGAAGCCAUAUGUGAUGUUUGGGGAUGGGAAGUUGUGUGCUUGUAAACCAAUUAGCGAGUCAGAUUUGGCUUCGUUCAUUGCGGAUUGUGUGUUGAGUAAGGAUAAGAUUAACCAGGUGCUGCCCAUUGGGGGACCGGGAAAGGCAUUGACUCCAUUGGAGCAAGGGGAGACGCUGUUUAAACUCUUGGGGAGAGAACCCAAAUUCUUGAAGGUUCCAAUUGGAAUAAUGGAUUUUGCUAUUGGAGUUCUUGAUUUUCUAGUUAAGAUCUUUCCUUCUAUGGAAGAUGCUGCUGAGUUUGGAAAAAUUGGCAGAUAUUAUGCAGCUGAAAGUAUGUUGGUUUUGGAUCCUGAAACUGGAGAGUACAGUGCUGAAAAAACGCCUAGCUAUGGGAAAGACACAUUGGAAGAAUUCUUUGAGAGAGUACUGAGGGAGGGGAUGGAAGGUCAGGAAUUAGGGGAGCAAACAAUUUUCUGAAGUUCCCCAAUUCAUCAUUUAGAGUUUGUAAUAUUCAAAAGCACAUUUGGAUCAACCAGUUUUGGGACACUGACUGUAUUUUAUGAGUUUCAAGUGCUUUCCCAAAUAAUAAAUCUUUGCAUUGUUAUCA